GCCGAGGCCGGGGUUGAGGCCGCGGCUCCUGCCGCCCGGGGCCGACUGUGCUCGGGGCGAUGCUGCGGCUACGGUGGGGACUGAGCGCUCUGAGCUGCGGGCUCUCGGCGCCGGGCAGCGGGCGGACCGCCGGGCUCUCAGUUCUUAGGAUGGCUGAGGAGCUGAGAGCAGCGGUUGCCAGCCAGGCGAAGAGGCUGAACAGCAGCAGUGAGGUAGUGGAGAGGAUAGAAGAAAAUGGGCAUCAGAAUAAGAGGUUGAAGAGAGAUGCAGAUGAGGAGGAUGGGGAGGAUCAGAAUAAAAGGUUACCUAAAAGGAAGAUUGUCUUGCUGAUGGCAUACUCAGGGAAAGGCUACCAUGGGAUGCAGAGAAAUGUGGGAUCUUCACAGUUCAAGACGAUUGAAGAUGACUUAGUAUCUGCCCUUGUUCAGUCAGGCUGCAUCCCGGAAAACCAUGGGGAAGACAUGAAGAAAAUGUCUUUCCAGCGGUGUGCUCGAACAGACAAGGGUGUAUCUGCAGCGGGACAGAUUGUGUCACUAAAGGUCAGGCUAAUAGAUGACAUCUUAGAAAAGAUCAAUAACCAUCUUCCUUCUCACAUCAGAAUUCUGGGUCUGAAGAGAGUCACUGGGGGAUUCAACUCCAAGAACAAGUGUGAUGCCAGAACCUACUCCUACAUGCUGCCAACGUUUGCCUUUGCCCAUAAAGACCAUGAUGUGCAAGAAGAGGUUUAUCGACUGGACAAAGAGACCCUUGAAAGAGUAAAUAAACUGCUUGCAUGCUACAAAGGAACACACAACUUCCACAACUUCACAUCUCAGAAGGGACCCAGAGACCCCAGUGCGAAGCGAUACAUAAUGGAGAUGUACUGUGGGGAGCCAUUUGUGAGGGAAAACAUAGAAUUUGCAGUGAUCAAAGUGAAAGGCCAGAGUUUCAUGAUGCACCAGAUAAGGAAGAUGAUUGGGCUGGUGAUAGCUAUUGUGAAAGGUUAUGCUGCGGAGUCUAUCAUCGAGCGCAGCUGGGGAGAGGAGAAAGUAGAUGUCCCCAAAGCCCCAGGACUUGGGUUGGUCUUGGAAAGAGUACACUUUGAAAAAUACAACAGACGGUUUGGAAAUGAUGGGCUGCAUGAGCCACUGGAGUGGACAGAGGAGGAGGAGAAGAUUGCUGUUUUCAAAGAGCAGUAUAUAUAUCCUACCAUUAUCAACACAGAAAGAGAGGAAAAAUCCAUGGCAAACUGGCUAAGCACCCUCUCCAUUCAUGACUUCAACUCUUCUGCUGUUGAGAUGCAAGCUAACACCAAAACCUCAAAGAACAGCAGCGAUCUUGAAGGCAGUGAUGGUUCCGAUGGUGAUUCUGACUGAGCCAGUGUGUUGCUGGACGUGGGACCCUUACUGCUUGCAGUUCCCUGUAUCUACAAAGAAGUGGCCUUUCUAAAUCCAAGAAUCCAGUCAAGCAGGGGUUUGUGUGCUUGCAGAUGAGAACCAAAUACCCCUGGGAAACCGGGUGGGGAAGACAGUACAGUAGGAAAAGUAAAAGAAGCUUUUUAUAUCACUGACUGAUAUGCUUGAAAAUAUUACAAAGAGAAAGCAGCAUUCUAAAGGAGUCUUGUACUGCAGGAUGUCUUAAUUGCUGCUUGAAUAAUGUUUUUAUUAUAUGUUUACCUGGAAAAUAGUAUUUUAAAUAUGUAUAAUCUCUACAUAAAGGUGGGGCAAAUAAUUUUCAAAUACUUUUUUUUAAUUAUUAUUACGAUGUUAUGACUCCAUGAACUUUUCCUUAUUUUUUACUACUUUCUUUACCUUUACUUAACCUCAUCUCUAAACAUCAUUAAGCUUUUAUUUUCCAUGUCUUCCACCACUUUCUGGUGGAAACAUGCAUGGUUAGAAACUCAUUAUCAUGUUGUGUGCUGUGAGUUCUGUUAGUAUUGAAACAAGCUUUCUGCAUCCUCUAAAGCUUUGCAAGUCUGAAAGAAAUGAUUCCUUAGUGACAGGUCUUAAUUCUGGAACAUGGAUUGAACCAUAUAUUUGAAGAUGAGACCUUGUCUUUGGGAGAUGCUCCCAGUAUUGCCCAUGGGCGGACUCAAGAAUAUAGAUCCACAGCCACAUGUUUCACACAUGUAUAGUUGAGAAGAGAUGAUAUAUGUUAAGACUGCAAUUCAGAGUGUGCAGCCGUGGAUAUUCUAGUGUUGCCUGUGGUGGAUCACUAAAUGUAUUGCUGCUGGUUUAGUAUUUCUGGUUUUAGUGGAAACUAUCCAGUCAUUUUCUAGACUUGGGGUUGAAUCAACUUGGUAUGUAUGAAAGGAAUGGUGCUACCUGCAUUCAUUUUGUGUGUGUGAACUGUUAAUUCCUAUCAAGCUGCUCAGAAUGUGUGCAAUGAUAUGGGAAACUCUGUCUUCCUUUGGGA